AUGAUGGGCCUCUUCAGCUCGGCGUCCAAGAUGUACAAGCCUCGAGGCUCCUCUGAGGAGGACAAGAUCCCGGACGACACCGAGCCCGAUGAUACUUCCAUCCUUGAUGAGAACGAGGGCUCUAUCAUCGCAUCGCUCAUCUCCCAGCUCCGAGUGGGCAUGGACCUGCAGAAGGUCACGUUCCCGACAUUCGUCCUCGAGCCCCGGAGUAUGCUCGAGCGCAUCACCGACUUCAUGUCCCACCCCGAUCUCCUCUUCGGCGCCGAGAACUGCGACGACCCCGAAGAACGCUUCAUCCGCGUCCUGCAGUACUACCUCGCCGGGUGGCAUAUCAAGCCCAAGGGCGUGAAGAAGCCAUACAACCCCGUCCUCGGCGAGUUCUUCCGCUGUCGAUACGACUACCCCGACGGCUCGCGCGGGUUCUACAUCGCAGAGCAAGUGUCCCACCACCCGCCCAUCUCCGCCUUCUACUACGUCUCGCCCGCGAACAAGGUCGCCGUCAUCGGCGAGCUCCGGCCAAAGUCCAAGUUCCUCGGCAACUCGGUCUCGACGGUCAUGGAGGGCGAGAAUCGCGUGUACCUCCUCGGCCGCCCGGAGGACAAGGAGUACGUCAUCUCGAUGCCGAACAUGUACGCGCGCGGGAUCCUGUGGGGCAAGAUGUUCCUCGAGCUCGGCGACUCGUGCACGGCGAAGAACGAGCAGACGGGCCACUUGGCCGAGAUCCAGUUCAAGACGAAGGGGUACUUUGGUGGGACGUACAACGCGAUCGCGGGCCGCAUACGCCGCGGGAGCAACGACGUCGGCGAGGUCUCUGGGAAGUGGAGCGCGGUGAUGGAGUACAACCGGACGAAGGGCGACAGGCGCGUCCUCUUCGACGCCCUCAAGGACGGCCAGAACGUCGCGCCGAAGUGGGUCGCGCCCGAGGACGAGCAGGAGGCGAACGAGUCGCGCCGGCUCUGGACGCGGCUCACGCGCGCGAUCGUCGCGAAGGACAUGGACGCGGCGACGGAGGCCAAGUCCGCGGUCGAGGACGCGCAGCGCGAGGCGCGGCGCACGAUGGAGGAGCGCGGCGAGACGCACGUCCCCCGCUUCUUCCACCUCAAGGACGGCCGCUGGCUCCCGAAGAUCUCGCUGCCGAACGACCCUCAAGAGGCCGUCGCCGCCGUCGAGCACUUCAUCUGGCUCACGCUCCCGCCGUCGUACGCCCCGUGA